GAAGGGCGAGACCCAUGAUCGGGCGCAGUGGGUAGUUUCCGGGUUCGAGGCGGUACUGAAAGUUUUGAGGUGGCUCUUUGUUUUCCAGUUGUUUGGGGUGUAUUUCCUUGGUUAGCUGCUGAGAUGAAUCGCUUGUUCGGCAAAUCGAAGCCUAAGGCGCCACCUCCGAAUUUGACGGACUGUAUCGGCACGGUGGACAGCAGAGCAGAAUCGAUUGAUAAGAAAAUUUCUAGACUUGAUGCAGAACUGGUGAAAUAUAAAGAUCAAAUGAAGAAAAUGAGGGAGGGGCCUGCAAAGAACAUGGUAAAGCAGAAAGCCCUGAGAGUGUUAAAACAGAAGCGAAUGUAUGAAAACCAACGGGAUAAUCUUGCCCAACAGUCUUUCAAUAUGGAACAAGCCAACUAUACUAUCCAGUCCCUAAAAGAUACGAAAACAACGGUCGAUGCUAUGAAGCUAGGAGCGAAGGAAAUGAAAAAAGCUUACAAGCAAGUAAAAAUUGAUCAAAUUGAGGACUUGCAAGACCAAUUGGAAGAUAUGAUGGAAGAUGCUAGUGAAAUUCAGGAAGCAUUGGGUCGUAGUUAUGGAACCCCAGAGAUAGAUGAAGAUGACUUGGAGGCAGAGCUAGAAGCACUGGGUGAUGAACUUCUAGCUGAUGAAGACAGUUCCUAUCUUGAUGAAGCUGCAACUGUUCCAUCAAUUCCAGAGGGCAUGCCAACUGAAGCAAAAAACAAAGAUGGGGUACUGGUGGAUGAAUUUGGACUCCCACAGAUUCCUGCAACAUAAUUAUGAAGAUCAAAAGGAAUGCUGUUUUUCAUAUUAUAAAUUUCUGAAUAAAAACAAUUGAGGUGGCUGAGACCAUACUUCUGCAAUAUCACGUAACACCACUAUGUUAUGUAAUAAAGAAUGAAUGAGUGCUAAUUUUCUUUCUUAGAAAAUAUUAUAGCACUAAUUUUUUUAUUAAUAGCAAGAAAUUGACACUACUUUUUCCUUCUGUUUGAUCUAUUCAAAGUUCUAAAAUUUGGAUUUGUCAUUUGUGUAAAAGUAGUAUAUAAAAUAUUUAUAGCUUUUUGGUUAUAGCUUACUGUGCUUCUAUUUUUAAAAUUUGCCAUCAUGUUUAAGUGUAGGUGAUUGUGUUGUAUAAUCCAUUUUGACAUAAACUGGGUAUUACAAAGGGUAACUUGAUUUGAUUCUGUUUAUCAGAAAAGGCUAGAAUCUCUCUCUGUGGUGACAGAUGACUUUAGAUAAUAGCUUAUUUCAUACAUUAUAGUAGGCCAAAAUCAGGUAAAUUGCUUCAUUUAUUUAGAAAA